GCGUCGGUUGUCAUUCGGUUUGCUUACCUGCCGAAUCUAGUAAACAAAAAUUAUUAGUGAAGAGCAGUUUGAGUUAUUUUUCAGGUUUUUAGUCCAUUUUCAUAUGAAAUUGUUAAUAAAAACCCGGUUGGUGAACUCUUUUUAAUCGCACACGAUGAGUGACGGUGAUAAAACCAUGUACGGGACGACGCUUUCCUUGGAAUCGAUCAAGGUGAUUGCGGAAAGUAUUGGCGUCGGAAGCUUGCCGGAUGACGCGGCCAAGGAACUGGCCGACGACGUGUCCUUUAAGCUGAAGCAAAUCGUACAGGACGCUGCUAAAUUCAUGCAUCACUCCAAGCGGAUGAAGAUGUCCAUAGCGGAUAUUGACCACUCGCUGAAGGUGCGCAACAUUGAACCGCAGUACGGAUUUGUGUCACCAGAUUUCAUUCCGUUCCGGUUCGCUUCCGGCGGUGGUCGGGAGUUGCAUUUCAUCGAGGAGAAGGAAAUUGAUCUGGCGGACGUUAUCCAAACGGCCCCUCCGAAGAUUCCCCUGGACAUAACACUGAGGGCCCAUUGGCUUUGUGUGGAUGGCGUGCAGCCAACUAUUCCGGAGAAUCCUCCGCCACUGUCCAAGGACCUGCAAGCGCUGGAUUCGGUGAACCCGGUCAAUAAGCUGGACAGGGCGCACCUAAAAGACACUACCGGUAAACCGGCCAUCAAAGCUCAGAAGCUGAAGAACGUGGAAACGGUCCAUGUAAAGCAAUUGGCCACCCACGAACUGUCCGUCGAGCAGCAAUUGUACUAUAAGGAGAUAACGGAAGCUUGCGUCGGAUCUGAUGAGGCUCGGAGGGCGGAAGCGCUUCAAUCGUUGGCUUGCGAUCCGGGUCUGCACGAAAUGCUGCCGAGAAUGUGCACCUUCAUCGCGGAGGGUGUUAAGGUCAAUGUGGUGCAGAACAAUUUAGCACUGUUGAUUUACCUGAUGCGGAUGGUCAGGGCGCUUUUGGACAAUCCGGCGUUGUACUUGGAGAAAUAUCUUCACGAACUGAUCCCGUCAGUAUCCACAUGCAUAGUGUCGAGACAGCUGUGCAUGCGACCAGAACUGGACAACCACUGGGCGCUUCGAGAUUUCGCUGCCCGUCUUAUGGCUCAGAUCUGCAAAAACUUCAACACUUCCACUAAUAAUCUGCAAACUCGUGUCACCAGGCUGUUCAGCUCGGCAUUACAAAAUGACAAAACACCGCUCUCGUCACUGUACGGUGCUUUGGAGGGCCUGUCGGAACUGGGAACCGAAGUCAUCAAGGUAUUCAUCAUUCCUCGACUGAAGUUUAUCUCCGAACGGGUGGAAGUCCACCUGCAAGGAAGCAACAUCAGCGCCACGGACAAAAUCGCCGCUGGUCAUAUCCGCGCCAUGCUUCAAAAGGCGUGCUCUCCUGUUCUGAAGACCCUUCGAAACCCUCCGGAUGUGGUCGAAGAAUACAAGAAAGAUUACGGCUUCUUAGGACCCACGUUGCACCAAGGUGUCAUUAAGGCACGAACGGCUCCUCCGCCUACUCCUGCCUGCACCAGCGCCAGUGCUUCGGCGGCCAAUGUGUCGAUUGUAACGACCGCAUCCAGCAGCACUCCGGCUCGUCCUCAAACGCCCCUUGCCGGUGCGAGCAAACCUUCGUCGUCGAUCAGCUCCGGCCCGAUACAGAGACAGACUUCGCAGGGUGGCCCUUCAACGGGAGGCCAACAGCAAAAGUUUGUCAUCGUUAGCCAACGGCAGCAAACGCCUUCCCCAUCGCAAGAUGAUUUUGUAGGUAUCAUACAACAAAGUCAACGCUCGGCAAGCACCAGUGGCACAUCGCAGUCAGGAUUAAUCAAAAUCGAACCACAGUCGUCCAGUGCACAAAAAGUGGUGCUCAUCAAUCAGCCGUCCGGCAUAGGACAGGGACCGACAGCCAACGUGAUCACAAAACCACUGUUCGUUGGAGGCAGUUCUUCCGGAACCGGAAGCUUACAGCACUCGACACCUCCGGAGCUGGAUGAUCUAUCGCAUCUGGCGUAAGCUAAGGUAAGCCGUGAGUUUGUUUUAACCGGGAUGGGUUUUCGAAUGAUGUGUUGGAGUAAAUGUUUGGGAAUUUAUUCUUGUGUGAGAAUAUAGAUGUAGAUGAGAUCUUAUGUAAAACUGA